AUGGGUGACACAUUUUUGAUUGACAAGGACGUCACCGAAACCGAAGUUGUCCACAAUGACAAGGGCGUCGAAAUCGAGUGGUCGGAUGGUCAUCAAAGUGUCUAUUCAUGGGACUGGCUCCUCCCGCAUGAGAACCGGUUCCAGCGUACGGUGAACCUCCAACGUUUCAUGGAACGAGCGCAGCGCGCUAGGAAAUUCCGGGUGGUCGAUCCUAUCAUGGACCCAAGCCCUACAGUCUCCUAUGAUCAGGUCAUGUCAGAGAAUGCUUCUUUGCUAGAUUGGCUGGAUAAGAUUCACACUUUUGGGUUCUGCUUUGUGGAAGGUGUUCCUGUCACACCAGAGGCAACCAAGACUCUCAUUGAACGGAUCGCGUUUAUUCGACACACCCACUAUGGGGGUUUUUGGGACUUCACUGCCGACCUCACAUACAAGGACACAGCAUAUACCAAUGAGUUUUUGGGCCCUCACACUGACAACACCUAUUUCACCGACCCCGCCAGGCUCCAGCUUUUCCACCUCCUCUCCCACACAGAUGGAGAAGGUGGUGAAAACUUGCUUGUCGACGGAUUUGCCGCAGCCGAUGUGCUGCUAAAUGAGAAUCCCAAGCACCACGCCGCCUUGAUGGCCCACAAGCACCCGUGGCAUGCAAGCGGGAACGAAGACGUCUGCAUCCAGCCGGUCCUGCAAGCCCCGGUGAUCCAGAGCCAUCCCACCUACCGACGAGUCUAUCAAAUCCGCUGGAACAACUACGAUCGCGCACCCAAGAUAGACUGGCAUAUCGCGGAGCAGAAACUCUGGUACGCGGCGGCCUCUCAAUUCAAUAAGAUCAUCAACCAGCCACUCAUGCAAAUUUGGACGCCGCUUAAACCGGGCACUGCUCUAAUCUUUGAUAACUGGAGGAUGCUGCAUGGGCGUUCCGAAUUCACUGGCAAGAGAAGAAUGUGUGGUGGUUACAUCAACAACGACGACUACCUUUCACGACACCGCCUCCUCAAGUUUGGCCGAGAGAAGGUAUUGAACAACCUUGGGAACUUCUGGAUCAAGAAGGACAAUCCGAAUUCCAUCUACUAA